GCCUGCGUGCUACACACACACACACGCGCGCGCCCGCGCGCGCACACACCGAUACACCGACCGUCCGCUGCCCGGUCCGGCGGCAGGAUCAGAGAGAGAGAGGGACGCACAGCGGGGGACCUGACGGGGACGGGAUGUGAUGCCGCACGGGAUCACGGGAACCUACGAAGAGCGGAGCGGGGACGGUCUCGUCGCACCGGGAGGAGCGGAACACACCCGGUAGCCUGCACGGUUCCGGUCUGAUGUGAACCCGCAGCGCUGCACGGGGAGCGACGCCGCAUAACGGAGGAGGAGGGAGGAUGAAUUCGGUAGAUGGAGGAGGAGAAGCGGGCCCGGACGGCCAGGCGACGGCAGGUUCUGGGAAAGCGGAGUGCGUCCGAGCGGUCGACGUGCUGACGGUGCUCAGAGAGAAAGUGGCCUUCGUGUCGGGUGGGCGGGACAAACGUGGCGGACCGAUACUGACCUUCCCUGCCAGGACCAAUCAUGAUCGAAUAAAACAGGAAGACCUCAGCCGGUUGGUCACCUACCUGGCAACCAUACCCUGUGAGGACGUGCGAGCGCGUGGCUUCACGGUGGUGGUGGACAUGCGCGGCAGCAAGUGGGACAGUGUGAAGCCGGUUCUACGCACGCUGCAGGAGGCGUUUUCCUCCAACAUCCACACGGCGCUGCUCAUCAAACCCGACACGUUCUGGCAGAAACACAAGACCAACCUGGGCAGCGCCAAGCUCAGCUUCGAGACCAGCCUGGUGUCGGUGGAGGGUCUGUCCCGGCUCGUUGACCCCUCCCAGCUGACCUCUGACCUCGGCGGCUCGUUGGAGUACGACCACGUGGAGUGGACCGAGCUGCGUCUGGGCCUGGAGGAGUUCACCGGCGCCGCCACGCAGCUGCUGAGUCAGCUGGAGCAGCUGGAGGCCGGGCUGAACCGCAUCCCGGAGCCACAGGACGUGGACGAGGCGCGCAAACUUCUGGAGGAACACGGCCGGCUACGUAACACCAUCGCAACGGCACCCGUUGACUCCCUCGAGAGAGAGGGGAGGAGCUUGCUUCAGCGCAUGCGCCUAGGCCCCUCCCACAGCGACGCCUCCACCGAAGGAGGUGGCGGCGGUAGCAACGGCAGCUGGUUGUCGGGCGGGGCCGACUUCCAGAGCGUGGCGCCAAAGGUUUCGUCGCUGCUGGACCGCCUGCAAGGGGCCCGUGGUCACCUGCUGCAGAGCUGGAGCGACAGGAAGCUGCACCUGGACCAGGUGCUGCAGCUGCACCUGUUUGAGCAGGACGCCACCAAGAUGUCGGACUGGAUCGCUCACAGUCGGGACCUGUUCCUGCAGACCUUGGCUGCGGUGGGUCAGAACCACCAGCACGCCCUGGACCUCCAGACGCAACACCAGCACUUCACGGCCAACUGCAUGAAUGGCAGCGUGAACGUGGACAGCGUGGUCACCGUGGCAACCAGGCUGGCGGAGGCGGGCCACCACGGGGCGGAGCGCAUCGCUGGAGUGUCGCUGCGCCUGCAGGACGACUGGAGGGCGCUGACGGCAGCGCUGGAGGAGCGCAGCAACGCGCUCGCCAUGGCAACCAGCUUCCACCAGGGGGCCGAGCAGUUCCUGCUCAGAGUGGAGGGCUGGGUCCAGGUGUGCUCUGAGGGGGCGUUGCCCUCGGCAACAACCGAGCUGGAGGCCGCAACGAAGAAACACCAGGAGCUGAACGAGGAGAUCUCUGCUAACUACACGCAGGUUAGUGAGAGCGGUAAGGCCUUAAUGGACGUGCUCCAGCGUUGCCCAGCAACCGACUCCGACAACCCAACAACCAAGCCGGACCUCACCAAUGCAGUACAAGGCAUCAUGGGAGCUCUGCACCAGGUCAUGCAGGGUCACCAAGAGGUGGAGGGGGUGUGGCAGCACCGUAAACUCCGCCUCCAUCAGCGCCUGCAACUGUGUGUUUUUCAGCAAGAUGUCAGACAGGUGUUGGACUGGGUGGAGCAGCACGGGGAGGUUUUCCUCAACAAACACAGUGGCGUGGGGAAGUCUCUCCACCGAGCGCGAGCGCUGCAGAAACGCCACGACGACUUCCAGCAGGUCGCACAGAACACCUACACUAAUGCAGAGAAGCUUCUGGAAGCAGCCGAUCAGCUGGCUCAGUCUGGGGAGUGUGAGGAGGAGGAGAUCUACCAGGCAGCCAGAGACCUGGAGCUCCGCAUGCAGGCGUUCAUUCAGAGAGUUGAGCAGAGGAAGCUGCUGCUGGACCUCGCUGUGUCGUUCUACACACACACCAAGGAGCUCUCGGUGUGGAUGGAGGGCCUCCAGAAGCAGCUCUCCUCUGACCUCUGUGUUUGUCCCGACACCGUUGAAGCUCUUCAGGCUUUGAUCAGCCAGCAGCAGCAGCAGCAGGCGAAUACACAGGAAGCUGCAAUGAGUGUCAUCCGGGAAGGAGAAGACCUCAUCCUGCAACUCAGGCCUCAGGGCAGCUCGUUGGUCCACGUGGAGACGGUGCUGCAGCAGCUGGAGGAGUCCCACGUUCAGCUGGAGGAACUCUUCCACCAGAGGAAGAUCCGACUGGACGUCUACCUGCAGCUCCGCAUCCUGCAGCAGUGCACCCUGGAGGUAACGGGGGAAAUGGACGCCUGGAAGCAGGACCUUCACAAACAGUCCCAGGACUUCUCCACAGAGAAGCUAACGUCGUCGCGGCUCGCUGACGCUAACCAGGACAAGCUAGUGCUGGGCCAGGCGCGGCUAGCGGAAGCCGGCGCCGACAUGCUAACGCUAGCGCAGCAGCGCAUCCACAGACACAUGGAACGCAGGCUGGCCAUGAACAACAUGAUCUAUGAGGUCAUCCAGCAAGGUCAUGACCUUCAGCAGUACAUCGCCGAGGUUCAGGCCUCAGGUAUCGAGCUGUCGGAGGCGGAGGGCGGGCUCUCUGCCCAGGUGGAGGAGCUGCAGCACCUCCUGCAGGAGAAACAGAAGGAGCAGCAACAGAUCGCAGAUCAUACACACACACACCUGGAGCAGAACCUGCAGCUGAGACACCUGCAGAGCCAGGUGAAGCAGGUGCUGGGCUGGAUCUCAGAGGGGGAGGUCAUGCUGUCGUCUUGCAUGCUGAACUCCACCUGUCUGUCAGAAGCCGAGCAGCUGCAGAGGGAACAUGAGCGCCUCCAGCAGGCCAUCGAGGCUCUGCUCCACGCCGACUCCCUGCAGAGGACGCACCAGGUGGCCCUGGCGCUGCAGCAGAGGGCGGAGCUUCUGGUCAGGUCAGGUCACUACGACCCGGAUGCAGUGAGGUCCUGUGCCCAGACGGUGGCGCUGCACUGGCAGACUCUGAUGCUGAGGAUCGAGGACAGACUCAAGCUGGUCAACGCCUCUGCAGCCUUCUACAGGACGUCCCAGCAGGUGUGCGGCGUGCUGGAGAGCCUGGAGCAGGAGUACCGCAGGGAGGAGGACUGGUGCGGCGGUGGUGAGCGGCAGCCGGAGCUCCUCCUGCCGCUCGUCAGCAAGCACAUGGAGCAGAAGGAGGCGUUCCUCAAGGCCUGCACGCUGGCCCGGAGGAACGCCGAGGUCUUCCUCAAGUACAUCCACCGCAACAGCGUCACCAUGGCGAACAUCUCGGGCCACAGCGUGCCGGGGGUCGCCGAGGUCACGGGUCACUCCAGGGUGCCGGAGCAGCAGGUUAAAGGUAUCCUCAGCGAGCUGCUCCAGAGGGAGAACCGAGUCCUGCACUUCUGGACCCUGAAGAAGCGUCGGCUGGACCAAUGCCAGCAGUACCUGAUGUUCCAGAACCACGGACAACAGGCUCUGGAUUGGCUGCAGCAGUCAGGUGACCGCUACCUGGCCACGCACACGUCGCCGGGGGCGACGGCGGCGGAGACGCAAGAACUGCUGAACCAACACAGAGAGUUCUGUGUGUCCGCCAAGCACACCCAGGAGAAGGUCCACCUCCUCAUCCAAUUGGCUGAGAGCAUGCUGGCGAAAGGCCACGCCCACCGAGCCGAGCUCCGCCGCUGCGUCUCCGCGGUGGACAAACGGUACCGCGACUUCACCGCGAGGAUGACUCAGUACCGCCACCUGCUGGAGGGGGCGCUGGGAGGCUGCUCCCAGGACAAUAAGGACUUGGAGUUGGAGCUGAUCCCCAACAGUCUGUCAGACUCGGACCCCGAGGUCAACCUCGCUGACCCGAGUCACCAGGUCAGCGACGAGAAGCGGCGCUCCGCCCGCAAGAAAGAGUACAUCAUGGCCGAGCUGCUCCAGACCGAGAGGGUCUACGUCAGAGACCUGCAGGAGUGCAUUGAGACGUACAUGUGGGAGAUGACAAGUGGCUCCGAGGACAUCCCACCUGGUCUCAGGACCAAGGACGACAUCGUGUUCGGUAACAUCCAGGACAUCUACGAGUUCCACAACAGUAUUUUCCUGAAGGAGUUAGAAAACUACGAACAGCUCCCUGAAGACGUGGGACACUGCUUCGUUACCUGGGCGGAUAAGUUCCACAUGUACGUCACGUACUGCAGAAACAAACCUGACUCCAGCCUCCUGAUCCAGCAGCACGGCGUCGGCUUCUUUGAGGAGGUCCAGAGGAGACACGGACUCACCAACUCCGUCUCCUCGGCUCUGAUCAAACCCGUCCAGAGGAUCACCAAGUACCAGCUGCUGCUCAAGGAGCUGUUGGCCUGCUGCGAGGAGGGAAAAGGAGAAAUCAAAGAAGGGCUGGACGUGAUGCUCAGUGUCCCGAAGAGAGCCAACGACGCUAUGCAUGUUAGCAUGCUGGAAGGUCUGGAGGAGGGUCUGGAGGUGCAGGGUGAGCUCCUCCUCCAGGACUCCUUCUUGGUUUGGGAGCCCAAGUCCCUGAUCAGGAAGGGGCGGGACCGGCACCUCUUCCUGUUCGAGCUGUCACUCAUCUUCAGCAAGGAGAUCAAGGACUCGUCUGGGCGAGCCAAAUAUCUCUACAAGAGCAGACUGAGGACCUCGGAGCUCGGGGUGACGGAGCACAUCGAGGGGGACCCCUGUAAGUUCGCUCUGUGGGUUGGACGGACGCCGACGUCCGACAACAAGACCGUGUUGAAGGCGGCCUCGCUGGAGCUGAAGCAGGAAUGGGUCCGCAGCAUCCGACAGGUGAUCCAGGAGAGGCGGGGCCACUUGCGCGGGGCUCUGAGGGAGCCCAUCCCCCUCCCCAAGACCCCCAACCCCACCCUGGGGCGCCAGCGCAGCAUCAGCCGCAGGUCAGACACACGGGAGACCAGCGAGGACGCAGACAGCCUGGGAGACGCCAGCAGUCAGCCGGACACCGUCUCCAUCGCCUCCAGGACGUCCCAGAACACCGCAGACAGCGACAAGCUGUCGGGGGGGUGCGAGUUAGUGGUGGUUCUGUUGGACUUUGCCGCCGGUGGACCGGGAGAGCUUGGCGUCCGCUGCGGUCAGACGGUGGAGCUGGUGGAGCGCUCAGCCGAACGGCCCGGGUGGUGUCUGGCCAGGACGACGGAUCAAACCACCCAGCAGGAGGGUUUACUGCCCAUGAGCGCCCUCUGUCUGUCACACUCCCACAGUGCAGCCGACAUGGAGGGCCUCAUCCCGCCCUCCACCACCACCUCCUCCUCCUCCUCUUCUUCUACGAGCACCACCACCUCCUCCUUCAACUCCUCCUCCACCAUCACCACCAACUCCUUUUCCAACUCCUCAACUAAUGCAGUGAGGGAUUCCAGCCUGUUCGUAUCCGACGGACUCCAGACGUCCGGCCAAAGUGCCGCCUGCCCUGCGGCCUUCGGAGUGGGCGGAGCUCCGGCUGGCGCCGCCGGCUCGCCGGGUCCCAAACGCAGCGGCUCCGGAACCGGGAACACGCUGAAGCGCUGGCUGACCAGUCCCGUCCGGCGGCUGAGUCAGGGCAAGGCCGAUGGACAGAAGAAACCUCCAAUCAGAGCCAGGAGGCGGGACAACAGGGCGGAGCUGACCACGCCCCUCACCGGCAACUUGCAGACGAAGGCGAGGAAGGAGGAGGCGGGGCAAAGUGGAGGGGAGGAGGAGCCAGAGGAGGAAAACCACACCCCUUUGCCUCCACCCAUGCAGAUCAUCAAAGACCCAAACAACCCCGAGGCUCUGGACUCGGAUCAAGGCUCCAACGAGUCGGACACGGAGACGAGGGACAAAGCUCUGCGAGGACGAAUGUUCGUGGUGAACGAGAUGAUCCAGUCGGAGAAGGACUACGUGAAGGACCUGGCCGUGAUCGUGGAGGGCUUCAUGUCCAGGCUGGAGGUCCGAGGGAUCCCGGAGGACAUGAGAGGAAAAGACAAGAUGGUCUUUGGAAACAUCCAGCAGAUCUACGACUGGCACCGCGACUUCUUCCUGGUGGAGCUGGAGAGAUGUUCUCAGAACCACGAGCUGCUGGCCGACCUCUUCAUCAGACACGAGCGCCGCCUCCACAUGUACGUCGUCUACUGUCAGAACAAACCGAGGUCAGAGGUCAUCGUCAUCGAGUAUGACAACUUCUUUGAGGACAUCCAGCAUGAGAUCAGCUGCAGGAUGUCGAUCAGUGAUUAUCUGAUCAAACCCAUCCAGAGAAUCACCAAGUACCAGCUGCUGCUGAAGGAUUUCCUCAAGUAUUCGUCCAAAGCAGGACUCGACUGUGACGAGCUGGAGAAAGCGGUGAAGCUGAUGUCGUUGGUGCCGAAGCGUUGUAACGACAUGAUGAACUUGGGUCGCCUUCAGGGCUACGAGGGCAAGCUGACGUCUCAGGGCAAGCUGCUGCAGCAGGAGACCUUCUGCGUGGGCGAGCAGGACGGCGGCGUUCUGUCUCGCAGCAAAGAGCGCCGAGUCUUCCUCUUCGAGCAGAUCGUCAUCUUCAGCGAGCUGCUGCGCAAAGGCUCCAACAACCCGGGCUACCAGUUCAAGAACAGCAUCAAGGUGAGCUACCUGGCGAUGCAGGACGGCGUGGACGGGGAACCCUGCAAGUUCGUCCUGUGGUCUCGGGGCUCGGCCGAGCGCUUCACGCUGCAGGCGCCGUCCGCCAGCGUCAAGGACACCUGGGUGGAGACCAUCGGCUCCCUGCUGGACGCGCAGAACAACUUCCUGUCAGCGCUUCAGUCCCCCAUCGAGUACCAGAGGAAGGAGGGCGGGAUCUCGGUGACGCGGCCUCUGUCAGCGGGGCUGCCGCCCCUGGCCCCGCCCACGGCCAAUGGCCACGCCCCCCCACCACCUCCGGACGGCGAGCAGGAAGACCAGGAGCUGGUUCUGGUGCAGCAGGACUUCGUGGCGGUCCGGGAGGACGAGAUCUCCGUGUUCUGCGGCGAGAAGGUUCAGAUCCUGGCGUCCAAUCAGCAGGGCCAGAGUCUGGUGUACCGGCCGGCCAACAGCGACUCGCCGGCCGCCGAGGGCUGGGUGGCCCGCGGGGCGCUGGGGACGCACUGACGCACCGCGGCAGGGCCGGUCGCAGGGCAUGCUGGGAAAUACUGUUAUGGCGGCGAGAGGUGGGGCCUCAAGGUGGAGAUAACUUAAGCGGCGUGACAUCAUCCUCGCUGUUUACUCAGAAAGUUCAGACCAAAUUGUGAAAGUUAGAAAUUGAAAACAACAACUAAUAAUUAAACUUUGCAAUGAGCAGCAGGGACUUUGUGCUCCUCCCACCGAGUGCUUCAACAACCAAGUACACCUCCGUCCUCAUCCAAUCAGACGUCCAGUUCACUGCCCCGCCCCCCGACAGCAAAUCAAUGACGUCACAAAUUGUCUCCAAUGUGAUGUCAUUGGGAGGAAGGCCAUGUGACCGCGUUAUCAUCGCCGACGACAACAAACUGUGAUUCCAGGAAACAAGACAAUAUAAAAAAUAUAAAUACAUGAAAGAAGAAUUAAAGCCUCCUGGUAGAAAAGGUGACAAAGUCCCGUCAGCCAAUCAGAAGGGAGCUCUCUGCUGUUAAUAGUGUGUAUAAACAGACUGAGGACACACACACACACACACUCCACACACACUGCUAUGGUGAUGAAGAUUAUCUAUGUUGAUUAUGAUAAUUAAGAAUAAUAGAAGCUGUUUUUCAAAUCAAAUCGAAAAAAGACAAAUGUUUGUCAUAUUGUUUCUAUGUGUGUGUGUGUGAGAAAGAAUGUGUGCGUGUGUUAGUGGCGACGUUGUGUGCGUGUUUUUCCACUGGACAAGUGGUGUCCCGGUGUAGCGUUGCCAUGACAACCCGCUGUGUUUGCAGCGACACCAGUUUGUUUUGUCUCUUUAGCUAACCAGAGCUGCCGCCUUCCCUCGCUCCCUUCCCUUGCUCCCUUCCCUCGCUCCCUUCCCUUGCCCCCCUGCUCUGGUUAGUUUGGGUAUUAUGCAUUCUUUGUUCCUGUACAUAGACCAGACCUCCGACUGCAACACAAAAACAGUUUCUACACAAUGCUCUCUACCCGUCUCCCUCUCUCUCUCUACCCGUCUCCCUCUCUCUACCCGUCUCUCUCUCUCUACCCGUCUCUCUCUCUCUCUACCCGUCUGUCUGUCUCUGUCUAACUCUGGGCUUCUCCGGUGCCAUUCUGGGACAACACCCCGGUCCUUAAGGAGCCUUGCGGCCCGUCGAGUGCACUAGGGAGGGCUGUAGGUGGGAAGUGGUGCACUAUGAAGGUGCAUGGAGCCAAUGAAAGGAGCUUUAGGCAGAAUGCUGCCUUCAAGGGCAGCCGGCAGUGGUGGUGUUUUUGAGAAUCCGAGCUGCGUUCAAAGACAACAAACACUGGUUGUUGUGCGUCUCAGCGGGUUAGAAUGAGGAGAUGUUUGAUUAAUAUAUGUUAUUAUUUUGUGGGAAGUUAAGGCAGGAGAAACCAUCUCUCCAACCAGGAGGAGAAUCUCAACUGCAGAAAUCCUUCCAAUCUGUCCACUCCCUGAAACACUUUUAUUCUAUAUAAUACUUGUAAAUCAUGUAAAACAGCAAAAGAAAAAAAGCAUGAAUUGCCAAUUUAUUUACAAGCAAAAAGAGAAAGUCCAGACUUUAACCUGCUGAGAUGAAACAACGUGGUGAACAAAGUAAAUGUCAUUAAACACAUUUCUGCGUAACGUUUAUUCUAGUGUGUGCUGCUCUUAUCUAUCAAUGAGGCGAAUGACGCUACCUUUGUUUCCUCUUCCAGAAACGUCAGUGUUGUGAUUGAGAAUGAAACAACAGCAAAGGAAAGUUACUUCCACGGGGUCCAAUGUGUUUAAGGUCACAACGAGGGAACUUGGAGUGCACAAGAACCGGGUGGAAGGUGGUGCACUGCCAGGACACAGCUAGUGGUGUAAAGAGGAAAGGAGUGCAUUAUGAAGAGUUCAAGGAAGGUCGUGCACUAAGGAGGGUGUAGGGAGCAAGGUAGUGCACUAAGGAGGGUGUAGGGAGCAAGGUAGUGCACUAAGGAGGGUGUAGGGAUUAAGGUAGUGCACUAAGGAGGGUG